AUCCCCAACGGAAUUUUCGCUGCGAUCUAUUCUCUCUUUUAAAGUUUUCAUCGAUUUCGAACUGCUAGCUUAGCCUUCCUUUCUUCCCCUCGCGCUAUCUGACUCGUGCGGCUUCACGAGGUGUGUCAGAACAAACCAUGUCGGUCACCGAAGACCCCAAAUUUGAUCCCAUGUCGCCCACCUCCGACUCCAACCUGACUUCGCAGUCCACAACCAUUGCCGUGCCAUCGUCAGAAACCCAGGAGCUUUCUAGUGCCGCCCCUCAUCCCGAUAACGCCCAGGCCGAGAGCCAAGAGCCCAGUUCGGUGGAUGCGAAGCCCACAGACAAUAAUGAGGACAAUACGCCAGCUCCCGUUCCCAAGCAGGACCCUGUAGAUGCGGCUCCAUCUGCAAGCGCAUCUCCGGAACAACACGAUGAGGCGAAGGCUCCGGCAGCUGGCUCCGAGCCAUCGUCCCAGGGAUCAGAUGAGGCUGCCAAAGAGGAGGAGGACACGGGCCCAUCCUUGGUGAUCACCCUGCUCUUGAUAACAGGCUCCCGACACCCUUUCAAGAUCGAUGGGAAAUACCUACGGAAACGGUCGGUCAAUGUAGAGAAUUACGAUCCCUUCGCCAUGAGUGUAUACACGUUGAAGGAAUUGAUCUGGCGGGAAUGGCGCCAAGACUGGGAGCCGCGGCCAUCAUCGCCCAGCUCCAUCCGACUCAUCUCAUUCGGCAAGCUGCUUGAUGACAAAGCCCCGUUAUCAGACUCCAAGUUCAGCCGGGAUGCUCCCAAUGUGGUUCACAUGACUGUGAAGCCCCAGGAGAUCGUUGACGAAGAAGACGCCAAGUCCAAACCCCAGUACACCCGGGAGCGGGAGUCCAGUGAGCGUAGCCCUGGCUGUCGCUGCAUCAUCCAAUAAUGAAUCGGACUGUUUCCGACCGAGAAAGGAGACGACAGAAGUCAUACACUCAAGGCAGUCCUCCCUUGCUUGCGUCCUCGGGAACUGCCAUUAUCGCUUUGCCCUCCCAGAUACCAAUGCCAAGCUCACUUGCUUGUGCCACAUGAAGAUUCG